AUGCUUCGAGAAUACACCAUUCCGAAGGACGCUCUGGUUGGUAAGACUAUCAUCGUAACUGGAGGCGACGCGGGGCUAGGACGCUCGUCUGUACAAUCAUUCGCAUUGGCCGGUGCAAAAGUCAUCAUUGCUACUCAAUCAUUAGACCGAGCAACAUCAACCAAGAAUGAAAUAAUGACAAUUGUGGCUCAAAAGAAUGCAAAGGGCACGGUGGAAGCCAUCGCAGUUGACAUAUCAAGCAUGAAAGCAGUGCAGGUGUUUGCUGCAAAGUUUCUAGGACGAGGCGAAAAGCUUGACAUACUCGUGAACAAUGCUGGCGUUAUCUCGAGAUCCAACACAAAAACAGCGGAAUGCUUCGAAGUGCAUUUUGCUUUAGCUCAAGGACAUUUUUUACUGACAUUGUUGUUACUGCCGGCCCUGAAAAAGGCUCGCAACGCUCGAAUACUGACGAUAUCGUCGGUUGCACACUCAGCAAUCAGUGGAAUCCCGUAUGACAACAUAUAUGGCGGCAAAGUGCCAAACAAACAGAGCAUUUCUGGGGCAGUUAAAAGUUACGGUGUGUCGAAACUGGCAGAUGUAUAUUACUCGAGAUGGACUGCUCAACAACUGAAAACAACGGGAAUCACUACAUAUUGUAUUCAUCCAGGAGCGGUGUCAACAGGGAUCUGGAAGAUAGUGCCUAUAGCUGUUAGAUGGAUUAUUAAACACGUGACGAUACCAGUCGAGGAAGGUGCACGUACAUAUCUCUAUUGUGCAGUAGAUCCAGAAGCUGGCAAGGAGAGUGGUCUAUACUAUUAUGAUUGUGCUGUUAAGAGACCCUCCGAAGUAGGAGCUGACGAUAAGAAGGCUGCUGAGCUUGUGGCGACUAGUGGGAAAUGGUUGAAUAUUGAUGUUCACUCGUACUUUAAAUGA